CCAGUUGGGGGAAAAAAAUUAAUCAAUGAAAUUUUAAAACGCAGAUGAAAUGCAUAUAAUGAUAUGUUUGAUCUCUAUAAAUUUCAGAGUGACAACACAGCAACAAUUCGCACCAGGAAGUUCAUGACCAAUCGUCUGUUAUGUCGGAAGCAGAUGGUUGUUGAUUGUCUCCAUCCCGGCAAAGCCACACUAGCUAAAACAGAGGUGCGAGAAAAGCUGGCACGCAUGUACAAGACCACACCUGAUGUCAUUUUCUGCUUUGGUUUUAAAACACAGUUUGGUGGAGGAAAAACAUCAGGCUUUGCCCUCAUAUAUGACAGCUUAGACUUUGCAAAAAAGUUUGAACCAAAAUACAGACUUGCUCGAGUGAGUUUCAUGUAGUAGAUUUGAAGGGCA